AUGUUUAAAAAAAAUGUGGUGAUAUCCGUAGCAGUGAUUUUGUGCGCACGAAUCUUAAACGCCGAGGAUGUUGAUACAAGCAUAGAUGAUGUACCAAAGAAUACCUCUAACUCAGACAGAGGUGGACGAUCUUUGCACAAAGAAUGUAAUAACGGUAUUAGUGCAAAAUGUCUGAAAAUACACGUACUGUCCUUUCUAGAAGAUCUGAGUUCUCGCGAUGAGCUCAAUCUACUUCCUGGACUUAGUAUAGUGAAGGAAAAUAUAACCAAUAUCACGAGUCCAGAAGAAAUGGCCGCGGAACUAUCACGCCAGUUUCCUGGAAAGCCUGAGGAAAAAUUAAAUAGAUUUCUCUUGUAUCGAUUACAGAACUAUUUGGAUGGUCAUUCGUUGAGAUACAGGUUACUGGAUACUGAGACAUCAAAGGAGGCUUUAGAUAUGGCUAAAGGGGAAAGAGAGUUUGUGGGAAGGAAAAAAGAUGGCGGAGGUCUGGGUGGUGGCAAAGGUGGUGGUGGAGGUGCUUUAUUAGCCGCCGCUUUGAUGAUGAAAGGUACGUUAGCUGCCGCAGCGUUAGGAGCUCUAGCCCUUUUAGCUGGUAAAGCGCUGAUGACUGCACUAAUGUCACUCCUCCUAUCAGCACUAGUAGGUCUCAAAGGCGGCGGGGGUCACAAAUCUACAACAUAUGAAAUAAUCACGAAGCCAGAAAUAUCCCAUCAUCAUUCCCACAGCCAUGAAGAACAUCAUGAGCACGAACAUGACCACGGACAUGGUGGCUAUAGACGAGCUUAUGACACUAACUAUAAUAAUAAUUAUAACAGUUACAUGCCUUAUGACAACACUAAUUAUAAAUAUGAUUGAUUUAUUUG